AGCUGGGAGCCCUGGACUGCUCUUCUCUGUGCCAGCGCUGGCAGUCCCAGUCCAUCCGGCGCAGUAGCCCGGUGCAUUUGCCUCUCUCCCUCCCUUUCUUUCUCCCUCCCUUUCUCUCUUCCUCUCUUUCCUCCUCUACUUCCCCCUCCCUCUCUUGCCUCUUAAGUUUCCUGCACCGUGUAUUCAACUGUGCCAAGCUUAGGCUCCCACGGAACCAAUACUGAGCGCGACCCGGUCACUGGGACGCCGACUACCGAGGCUGGACGAGGCCGCGGGACCUGUCUGCACCCGAGCAUGGAGACGAAGCGCCAGGGAGGGCAUGUUCGGGGCGCCGGAGACACCAGGCCCUAGUAGCUCCUCCAUGGAGCCUGCCCAAAGCCAUCCCUGCUCGCCGGAUUCGCCUCCUGUCCUGUACGGCUGCUGAGAGCGCUCCUUGUUCUGUAAAGUGGAUGUCAGGUGGAUCUAUGUUUUUGAAGGAACAAAGACUCAGCGAAGGCACCGCCGAGGAAGUUUGAGACGCGGGAGGAUGCAGGCUGCGUGCUGGUACGUGCUUCUCCUCCUGCAGCCCACCGUCUACUUGGUCACAUGUGCCAAUUUAACGAACGGUGGCAAGUCAGAACUUCUAAAAUCAGGAAGCAGCAAAUCCACACUAAAGCACAUAUGGACAGAAAGCAGCAAAGACUUAUCUAUCAGUCGACUCCUGUCACAGACUUUUCGUGGCAAAGAAAAUGAUACAGAUUUAGACCUGCGAUAUGACACUCCAGAACCUUAUUCUGAACAAGACCUCUGGGACUGGCUGAGGAACUCCACAGACCUUCAAGAGCCUCGGCCUAGGGCCAAGCGAAGGCCCAUUGUUAAGACGGGCAAGUUUAAGAAAAUGUUUGGAUGGGGUGAUUUUCAUUCCAACAUCAAAACAGUGAAGCUAAACCUGUUGAUAACUGGGAAAAUUGUAGAUCAUGGCAAUGGGACAUUUAGUGUUUAUUUCAGGCAUAAUUCCACUGGUCAAGGGAAUGUAUCUGUCAGCUUGGUGCCCCCUACGAAAAUAGUGGAAUUCGACUUGGCACAACAAACCGUGAUUGAUGCCAAAGAUUCCAAGUCCUUUAACUGUCGCAUUGAAUAUGAAAAGGUUGAUAAGGCUACCAAGAACACACUCUGCAACUAUGACCCUUCAAAAACCUGUUACCAGGAGCAGACCCAAAGUCAUGUAUCCUGGCUCUGCUCCAAGCCCUUUAAGGUGAUCUGUAUUUACAUUUCCUUUUAUAGUACAGACUAUAAACUAGUACAGAAAGUGUGCCCUGACUACAACUACCACAGUGACACACCUUACUUCCCCUCGGGAUGAGGAUGAACAUGGGGAUGAGACUGAAGCCUGAGGAAUUAAAGGUCAUAUGACAGGACCGUUACCUCAAAGAAGAAGGUCACAUCUGUUGCCUGGAAUGUGUCUACACUGCUGCUCUCGUCAACCGGCUGCAAAUACGCUAGUGGAAAACAAUCUGAUGUAAUUUCUGCCCAGUCAGCUUCAUCUCUCAGUAUAGUUGUAAAUCACCACAGAUUUUAAAGUCACACUUGAAGACAUGCUCUCACACGUAGAUGUACACAAACACACACUCCUACACAUUUCAGCUUGCAUCUGUCAUGAUUCCUGUCGAGAGGGCUUUCGUUGUCUGACUCAUAAUGGUUCAGGAUAAACUAUCAUCAAGCAAAAGGAUUAACUUGACAGUGAAUGGAAAUCUCUUUUAAAGUCUUGAGUACAUGCUAAUCAAUAAUCCCCACUCAUGCAUUUCCUACUGCUUGGAGUAGCUGUACUGGUAAAUACUACUGUAGGAGUAUAUGCUUGUUAAAAUGGAAAAAAUGUGUCUUUAGAGCUCAGUAUUCUUUAUUUUAUGAACACAACAAAGUGUAGUAACUUUUUUCCAGCAUACAGUAGGCACAUUCAAGGUGAUACAAGAUGGCUCUUUUUUCUAUGGAGGGAGCCUGUUCUCAGUAAAGAUGAGCAAACAUUUGGAAUUUACAUGUGGGCAGACAUCGGAUUACAGCUUUCAUCACGAAUCACUGGACUUGUGCAAAGUGAAGACCAGCCAAGGUUGCUUGAAACAGGUUCUGAUCAUUAUGUAAGAAGGGAAAUGCCUGACAGACACCAUGUAAGUUGUAAGUGUCUGUCUUAUCUUUACUACACAUAUUGUAACAAACUCAAUACCCUAGUCUUCAUUUGUAUGAAUGGUUUGUAUUGUACAUAGUUUAACCAAGUGUUAUUCAAGCUGCUUAUUAAUAUUAACUUGUACUUGUCUCUCUGCUUGUUAUUGGUUAAAAAAGAAAAAAAAGAUAUGAAGAAUCCAUUCUAUCAACGUAGCUGUGAACUCCAUAAAAAAAAAAACAAUGUACAAAGCAUUUAUUCAGCUCAAGUAUCGUUGAAAGCUAUACAUAUACAACAUUACAGUCUGUCUGUAUUUAGAUAUUUUAUUUCUGGACAAAACAAAAUGUACAUAAAAAUAAAAUGCUUAAAGUUGAGUUUCAAUAUGUACUUGUGUAAGAUGAUGAUUUAAAUGGUUCUGACAAGAAGAAUGUGCUGGAAUACAGUCAUGGCUUUGCAAUUCGUGUGUCUAAAUUCGUACAGAACUAUCUAAAUUGCUAUUAGUUGCCCAGUCAAAACAACUUAGGAGUUUCAACCUCAAGCCUGGGAAACAGUUGUGGCAUACAGCAUUGCACACAUUUUUGGUUUACUGUCAUGCUAGUUAUUCAAGAAUAUCAGAAAUCAGUGAGCAUAAGGACAUAACUGAGGUCUCCUAAAUUAAUUAUAACUAAUUGUUUUUUUUCCUGUAUAGAGUCUCUAAUUAACAGGGGGAUUGAGAGGAAGGUAAUUUUUUUUCUUUGAAAGAAAGUCAAGAUAUCUGAAGAUUUUGGCUGACUUUUCCUGAUCCUACCGUAAUGACUCAACUGAGAAAAUUAUAAUAGCAUUGGAGGGCUUCGAUGCUCAAUUUACCCAUACCAAAUGGAAUCAAUUUAUCUAUAUAGCAUUAUUUAUGGACAUUAAACUUUCUUUUUAAAAAUAAUUACUGUACAUAAUCACAGGAAAUAAACAGAAGAAGAAAUAUGCAAAGUAAUCCAUUUUUAAAGUCACCAAUCGGGGUUUGAGAUAUGAAGAGUCUUAAAUGUUAACCAAAGAAGCCAAAUUAAGAACACUAACCCAUUCUCAUCUUCCCUUCAUACUGCAUAGGGAUAAGUGUGUUUUCAUAUAGAAAAUAAUAGAAGGACUACAGGGAACAAAACCACAGAGUUCUAAAGUGAGAACUAAUUGACUUGGCUAAAGAUUGCCUUCAACUACAAAUGAAAGACAUAUCAUUCUGUUAAAUGUCCAUCUCUCAAAGUCCUCCAAUAUAUCUAGACAACCAUUUACAUCAGUGUGUUAAUUAAUUUGCAUGGAAUUUGGAAGCUAAUGUUAGAAUGCACUCUCUUUGGCACAAUAGGCAAUAAUAGCUUCUUCGGUUCUGGCUGUGGGACAUAUUUGCCAUGGAUAAAUCUUGUUAUUCUGGGUUUAUUUAUCCAAGUGGUCACUUAGGAAUUAGUUUGCUCUUAGCAAAAAGGGGAAUAAGUGAGAAGGGGAAAAUCAUUUUUUUAGGGUCAUUUGAUAGUGGACUGUGACUUUCUUUAUGUGGUCUAAUCUGUCUUUUUGUAAUCCAAAAUUCAAGAUGAGAUAAAAAUAUGCUUUAAUCUCAACCCAUCUGCCCUGUUGUCCAACCUCCUCAUGAAAUGUCACUUCUACAUUUUUAUAAACAUAUAGAACAUAAAUAACUAAUAUUCAACAAAUUGAAUUUAUUUUUCUGUUGUUUUUCUUUAGAAGAAAAAUGGAAAGAAAAUGUAGCAAACUUCCAACAAGGAUUUCAAUUUUUAAAAAUCAAACUUUUAGGUCUCUUUUUCUGGGCCUGUACACUGUUAUCCCAAACUCCUACAUCUGUAAUACAGAAAAGUCAUGAGGACAUAGAACUUUGUCUCAAAAGAAAGUUUACUUGUAUCCAAUAUACUCUUCCUGUUUUAGGCAAGGAAGUAGGAAAAGCAAGAUGAUGUAUACGAUGGUUCAAAGGUUCAGGUUAAAAGCUUUAUUAGAGCAACUUGUUGCUUCAGCAAACUGGUUACUUAAGUUUUAAUUAUGCUAGAAAAUUAUUUGCUACUUGGAAAAAACAAACUUUAAGCUGCACUAAGGAGAUUACCUUCUCUAGAAUCUUAAAUAUUAUUUCACACUUUUGCUAAAAUAUAGAAAAAACUUCAAGGUGGAAAUAGAUAGCAUCUGAUGCAAACAUGGGUUUGUCAUCACCUAUUGUUCUUUUCAGAAAUAUUUUAGUAAAGUUGAAAUUAUUAAAAAGAAAUGAUUAUUGCAACUUUUUGCCUCAUGGAAGAAAAAUGAUACAAGUUACUGGUUUAUCUGUUUAUGAUGAAAACAAUGAAUUGUCAUGGUUUGGUUUCAGUUGGGCAGUUUUUGGGUCCAUGGUUCUUGUGAGACUUGCUCUGCCUGAGUAGAAGGGGUAUAACUGUUAACAGCACAGUACUGAAGUUCCGGAAGUGAUUAUUCUGCAAGUAAUGGAGAUACUUGUUAGAUUUAAGACUGUGGAUUGGGAAUCUUCAUGUUCCAACACUUCAGCAAUAAACUGUAAGCGAUAUUUUUGCACAGAAUAGAUUAAAAAAAAUCAUGAGAAGCCUGA